AUGGAAGAGGAAGAUGAGGAUGAUGAAGAUGAAGAUGAGGAUGAUUGUGAAGAAGAUGAAGAUGAAGGUGAAGAAGAUGAAGAUGAAACUAGGGCAGACCCGGACAACUUCAAGGGUGGCAGUUGUUUUCCAGCUAUGUUUAUGUUCUUAUUAGAAAAUGUUUAUGCCAUUGUUUAUUGCUCUAAGUACUUUAUAGCCUGCUUCUCGUUCAUUCCAUCGAUUUCCUAUGCAUUCGCUCUAGGAACGUAUGUGGAUAUCAUUGCAAAAACCGGAAAAAGACAGAAGAUAGAAGAAGAUGGAGGGGAGGAUGGAGAGAAGAUAUUGCCGUCAUGGGUUGGCAGACAGCAGAUGAUGAUGAUUUCACACAGUUCUUUCUGCUUGUGUCAAUGCAUUCAAUAA